AUGGAGCCGUUUACAGACCCCAACCCGGAGAAAUUCUCUAGGGCAUUGGGGCUAGUGUUUAAAGGCCCAAAUACUAAUGGGAAAAUUUGGAUUUUUGUUGAGAAGGGCGCCAACUUUGUUGUGGAAGAGGACUCGGAUCAAAUGCUCCACGGCCGUUUCCUCUCUCCUCGCCUUGAAAGACACAUUUCAGUCUCGGCUAUCUACGCGAAGUGCUCACGGACGGGAAGAUACCACCUUUGGGAUAAGUUGAGGGAGAUUGCGGUCAUCACCGACGGAACACCUUGGAUCGUCGGCGGGGACUUCAACACUAUUCUAUCCCCACAUGAGAGAGUUGGGAGCGACACCAACCGGCAAGCUGAGAUGAUUGACUUCGCCGAGACAAUUGAGGAUUGCAGGCUUCUUGACCCGGGGUUCGACGGAUCGGACUACACGUGGGCAAAGAACGGACUUAUGGAGAGGCUCGAUAGAAUUUUGGUGAAUGAUGCUUGGCCACAGGUUUUCGAGGCAACGAGGGUUACUAACCUCCCACGCGUCUCAUCGGAUCAUGGGCCGGUCUUGGCAAGAUGUAGAUGUCCUAAUCGGCAGCCCGGAGGAAAGGCCUUCCGAUUCCAAAACAUGUGGAUCCGCCAUGAGGGCUUCUUGGAUACCGUACGCAAUACUUGGAACCAGCCUACGGAGGCCGAGGGAUUGCUUAAUCUUCAAAUCAAGCUUGCGCGAACAAAAAAAAUGCUCAAACUUUGGAAUAAGGAAGUCUUUGGAAAUAUACAUGCCAAUCUAAAGGAAAUGGAAGAUAAGGUGGCUGAGGCCCAAAGUUAG